CUCCCGUCUUUCUUCUCUCAUGCUUCCAUGCUAGAGACACCUCCGUGGUAUCCGCGGAAAUUUUGGUUGGGCUAUUUUUCGGCCAGGCAGAGAACUCUCACAAUCAUUGUUUUCAUUAGAAGACGUUUAAAUUAUUAAAAAAAAAAGAUAAAAAAAUGAAUUGAAACAGAAUUAUCGAGAGAUAGUAGUGAAAAUGUCUUUUAGAACAAAUUAGUGCUAUAUAAGUGUUGAAAAGGAAGUGUCAGCAAAGAAGAAGCCGGUGGGUCGGUGUGUAAGCGAAGGAAAUUGGCUACAAGUGAGAAUAUCUACAUAGUGUAUUCGAUUUUCCGACAAUUUUCUUUAUCCACUUCAGAGGAAGUUUUGGUGACUACCAACAAACCGAGUGAACGAAUAAAAGGAAACCCUAUUCACUGGGAAAUUCCGCAGCAUAUCUCGUCAGUCGGUCAAAAGACGUCUAAACGCGAGCAAGGCUUCGCACAAGUGGCUGCAAAACAUGCGGACAUGCGGUUGGUUUACGUGACUCGUGUCCAGUAGUGUUAUUGUAAUUAUUGGAUAUCAUACGCUGAAGAUUUUAAAAUAAUUGUGAACAGUGGAGGGAGAUCAAGGAGAAGGAAAUAAAGUUAGACGUCGGCAGUUCCUGAAGGAUUUUUAAACUCCAAGGAUGGCUGACAGUGAGGGUGGAUCCGAGCAGGAUGAUGUAUCAUUUCUUCGUACGGAAGAUAUGGUAUGUUUAUCCUGCACGGCCACAGGGGAAAGGGUUUGUCUCGCAGCAGAAGGAUUUGGUAACCGACACUGCUUCCUCGAAAAUAUUGCUGACAAGAACAUACCACCUGACCUUUCACAAUGUGUUUUCGUGAUAGAACAAGCUUUAUCAGUGCGAGCCCUCCAAGAGUUAGUCACAGCUGCAGGUUCAGAGACGCAGCAAGACACCUUAGGAAAAGGCACUGGAUCAGGUCACCGAACUUUGUUAUAUGGAAAUGCAAUUUUACUUAGGCACCAAAACAGUGAUAUGUAUCUUGCGUGUUUGUCAACAAGCUCAUCAAAUGACAAAUUAUCAUUUGAUGUUGGUCUACAAGAGCACUCUCAAGGAGAGGCUUGUUGGUGGACAGUUCAUCCUGCAUCGAAACAAAGAUCUGAGGGAGAAAAGGUGAGAGUUGGAGAUGACCUCAUUCUUGUUUCUGUGGCUACUGAAAGAUACCUACACACAACGAAAGAGAACAAUCUCUCAGUAGUAAAUGCCUCCUUUCAUGUUACUCAUUGGUCGGUUCAACCUUACGGAACUGGAAUAAGCAGAAUGAAAUAUGUGGGGUAUGUUUUUGGUGGUGAUGUCCUGAGAUUUUUUCACGGAGGCGAUGAAUGUUUAACAAUUCCAUCUUCUUGGAGUCCUUUGCCUGGGCAAAACAUCGUCAUUUAUGAAGGAGGCAGUGUGAUGAGUCAAGCAAGAUCUCUUUGGCGUUUAGAAUUAGCUAGAACUAAAUGGGCAGGUGGAUUUAUCAAUUGGUUACAUCCAAUGCGAAUAAGACAUCUCACUACUGGACGUUAUCUCGGAGUUAAAGAGAAUAACGAACUCUAUCUGGUCGAUAGGGAUGAAGCAACGACCGAGACUUCGACCUUCUGGCUACGUCAGGAGAAGGACGACCAGAAAAUAAUACUUGAAGAUAAGGAUCUUGAAGUAAUUGGUUUACCGAUUAUCAAAUACGGAGAUUCAACUGUUAUUAUGCAACAUGCAACCACCUGUCUUUGGGUUUCAUAUAAGUCUUAUGAAACAAAGAAAAAAGGCGUAGGAAAAGUAGAAGAAAAACAAGCAGUCCUGCACGAAGAAGGUAAAAUGGAUGAUGGUUUAGAUUUUUCAAGAUCUCAAGAAGAAGAAUCGAGAACUGCACGAGUUAUUAGAAAAUGUAGCAGUCUUUUUACUCAGUUCAUCACAGGCCUAGAAACGCUACAGAUGGACAGAAGAGCAUCUCUUUUUUUCCAAAAUGUUAAUCUCAAUGAAAUGGUCAUGUGCUUAGAAGAUUUAAUCAAUUAUUUUGCUCAACCUGAAGAUGAUAUGGAGCAUGAAGAAAAACAAAAUCGAUUUCGAGCUUUAAGAAAUCGUCAGGAUUUGUUCCAAGAAGAGGGAAUUUUAAAUUUGAUUCUCGAAGCAAUCGACAAAAUAAAUGUAAUAACGUCACAAGGUUUUUUAGUCGCUUUAUCUGGUGAUGAAAGUGGACAAGCAUGGGAUCAGAUAUCUGGUUAUCUUUAUCAACUUUUAGCAGCUAUAAUUAAAGGCAACCACACUAACUGUGCCCAGUUUGCUAAUAGCAAUCGAUUAAAUUGGUUAUUUAGCAGACUAGGAUCUCAAGCUUCCAGUGAAGGUACCGGUAUGUUGGACGUACUCCAUUGUGUUCUUAUCGAUUCUCCUGAAGCUUUAAACAUGAUGAGGGAUGAACAUAUCAAAGUAAUUAUUUCUCUUUUGGAAAAACACGGAAGGGAUCCUAAAGUAUUAGAUGUUCUUUGUUCUCUCUGUGUCGGUAAUGGAGUAGCAGUACGUUCAUCACAAAAUAAUAUAUGUGACUUUUUACUCCCUGGAAAAAAUCUCCUACUUCAAACGCAAUUAGUUGAUCAUGUAGCUAGUGUGAGACCAAAUAUUUUUGUGGGAAGAGUAGAAGGAUCAGCAGUAUAUCAAAAAUGGUAUUUUGAAGUAACAGUGGAUCACAUCGAGCAGACCACACAUAUGGUACCACACCUGAGGAUUGGAUGGGCAAAUACUUCCGGAUAUGUUCCAUAUCCCGGAGGAGGUGAAAAAUGGGGUGGAAAUGGCGUAGGAGAUGAUUUAUAUUCUUUUGGAUUCGAUGGAUCGUUUCUGUGGACCGGUGGACGCAAAACUCAAGUUAUCCAUGAUGCAACGGAACCUUAUAUCAAAAAAGGAGAUGUUAUAGGAUGUGCACUAGACCUUACAGUUCCAGUAAUUACUUUUUCCUUCAACGGUGCACACAUUUCAGGUUCCUUUAGGAACUUUAAUCUCGACGGAAUGUUUUUUCCGGUCAUCAGUUGUUCUUCCAAGCUUUCCUGUAGAUUUCUUUUAGGUGGAGACCACGGAAGAAUGAAGUUUCAACCUCCAGAAGAAUUUUCUCCAUUAGUAGAAAGUCUCCUACCUCAACAAAUCUUAUCUUUAGAUCCUUGUUUCUACUUUGGAAAUAUGAACAAAGUUGUUUUAGCUGGUCCGUGGCUGGUUGAAGAUGAUACUGCCUUUGUCCCUAAACCAGUUGAUACAAGUAUGGUUAAUUUACCAGCAUACGUUGAACAGAUUCGUGAUAAAUUGGCAGAAAAUAUACAUGAAAUGUGGGCAAUGAAUAAAAUAGAAGCUGGUUGGAUUUAUGGAGAACAGAGAGAUGAUAUGAGAAAAAUUCAUCCAUGCAUUGUACAAUUUGAAAAGCUUCCAGCUGCUGAAAAACGUUAUGAUACUCAAUUAGCAGUGCAAACAUUAAAAACAAUUCUAGCUUUGGGAUAUUAUAUUACAAUGGACAAACCUCCUUCUAGAAUAAAAACUUUAAGGCUUCCAAAUGAACCCUUUUUACAGAGCAGUGGUUAUAAACCAGCUCCUUUAGAUCUUAGUGCCAUAACACUCACUCCAAAAAUGGAAGAGCUGGUUGAUCAGCUUGCUGAAAAUACACAUAAUCUUUGGGCAAAGGAGAGAAUAAGUCAAGGAUGGACAUAUGGAUUAAAUGAAGAUUCCGAGAUGAGAAGAAGCCCGCAUUUAGUGCCUUAUCCGAAGGUUGAUGAAGCCAUUAAAAAAGCGAAUAGAGAUACCGCUAGUGAAACUGUAAGGACGCUUCUGGUUUAUGGAUACAUGUUAGAGCCUCCCACUGGUGAACAGCAUGAAGCUCUUCUUCUUGAAGCUAGUAGACUUCGACAGCUAUUUUUCCGAACAUACCGCGCUGAAAGAAAUUACGCCGUAAGCAGUGGCAAAUGGUACUUUGAAUUCGAAGUUCUCACCGCAGGACCAAUGAGAGUAGGUUGGGCUAAAGCUGAUUGCAUGCCAGGAAGUAUGCUAGGAAAUGAUGACAACACUUGGGCCUUUGAUGGGUACAACGAGGAAAAAGUAUACUCGGGAACUGCCGAAACAUUUGGUAAACAAUGGCAGGUUGGAGACGUUGUCGGUGUAUUCCUGGAUCUUAUUGACCGAACAAUUAGCUUUUCUCUUAACGGAGAACUACUUAUGGAUGCUUUGGGUGGAGAAACUUCCUUUGCAGAUGUUCAAGGAGAUUCUUUUGUUCCUGCUUUUACUCUUGGUGUAGGUCAAAAGGCAAAACUUACUUUUGGGCAGGAUGUCAACACUCUUCGAUACUUUACUACUUGUGGUCUUCAAGAAGGAUAUGAACCUUUCUGCGUCAAUAUGAAUCGACCAAUGACAUUUUGGUUCACUAAAGAUCAGCCAAUAUUCGAAAAUACUGAUGACAUGGUUGACACAAGAAUAGACGUGGCAAGAAUUCCAGCUGGUUCUGAUAGUCCUCCAUGUCUUAAAAUUUCGCAUAAUACUUUUGAAACUAUGGAAAAAGCCAAUUGGGAAUUCUUAAGAUUAUCAUUGCCAGUUAUUUGCCAGUCAACAUUUAUCACUGAAGCCGAAAAGAAGCAACGAUUGCAUGAAAUUAAAAUUCGUCAAGAGCAUUUAUUAGCUGAACAGCAUGAACAGAUGCAAGCCGCUGCUCCAUCAGCUCAUAUGGAACAAAUUAUGAAAUCUGGAUUCAGCAUGAGUGACAUUAAAGGUUUACAAAGAAAUUAUUCAGAAGAUGCUGUUGAAGAAGCAGAAAUGAUGAAAGAAUCCCCUAUUCCACAAAGAAAUAAACCUUCAAGGCCACCUCGAAAGAAUUCGCUUUAUGAGUCUAGGACUUUAAAUAAUAUCAACGAUACAGAAAUUAUGAAUGGUUAUGAUGAAAUGAAUGGAGAUCUUAAAGACGACAAAAAAUUAAAGCGAGGAAGGUCGCCAUUCCGUGGGCAAAACGAAGGCACGGAAAAGGCUUCGUUCUUCUCUCGAAAAGCUAAAUCUCCAGAUGCAAAAUCGAGGACUCCAGAACCCCCUCUAGAUAUGUCCAAAAGAGGCGUAUCAGUCAGCCAGCUAUCGAAAUCUCCACAAAUCCGAGUAUCAACUACGGAUCUAAAAGUAGUUCCACCGCAAAUACCAGAGCGAAAUGCUCCAAAAGCCAUGUCAGUGAAUUUAACAGGAACUGGAGUGGAAUCUAUUGGAAAUGAAAUUUACGAUCCGGAAUGUUUGAAACUUAUGAAUGAAUAUUUUUACGGAGUUCGAAUAUUUCCUGGUCAAGAUCCUACUCACGUUUAUAUUGGAUGGGUUACAUCACAAUAUCAUCUUCACACAAAGGAUUUCAACCUUUCACGAGUGAGGAAAGCUUCAGUGGUGAUUGUUGAUGAUUAUGAGCGACCUGUAGAUCAGGUAGACCGGCAAAGCUGUUAUAUGGUUCGAGCAGAUGAACUUUACAACGAAGUAACACAAGAUGCUUCAGGAAAAGGAGCAUCUCAAGGAAUGUUCGUCGGUUGUUUCGUCGAUACAUCAACAGGAAUGGUUUCUUUUACCUGCGAAGGCAAGGAAACAAGUCAUAAGUUCAGGAUGGAACCAGAUACCAAACUCUUCCCAGCAAUUUUCGUUGAAGCCACAAGCAAGGAAAUCCUACAGAUUGAACUUGGAAGAACUUCCAAUACCCUCCCACUAUCAGCUGCAGUUCUACAGAAUUCAGAACGUCACGUAAUUCCACAAUUCCCACCCAGAUUGAAAGUUCAAUGUUUAAAGCCACAUCAAUGGGCACGAGUUCCUAAUCAGUCUCUCCAAGUUCAUGCAUUGAAAUUGUCAGAUAUUAGAGGAUGGUCUAUGCUUUGUGAAGAUGCGAUUUCAAUGCUUGCUCUCCAUAUUCCCGAAGAAGAUAGAUGUAUUGAUAUUUUGGAGUUGAUUGAAAUGGACAAGCUUUUAAGUUUUCAUGCGCAUACAUUAACGCUGUAUGCUGCUUUAUGUUAUCAAUCGAACUAUCGAGCAGCCCAUGCCCUUUGUCUCCAUGUCGAUCAAAAACAACUGCUUUACGCUAUUCGAGCAGAAUAUAUGUCAGGACCUCUUCGUCAAGGAUUUUAUGAUCUUUUAAUUGCUCUGCAUCUUGAGUCUCACGCGACAACAAUGGAAGUCUGUAAAAAUGAAUACAUUAUACCCUUAGGUCAAGAACUGAAGGAUCUUUAUGAAAAUCCAGAAAUGAGGCAUAGUUUACGAUACUUAGAAACAGAAUCCGUUCGGCCACAGAUGAAAAUGACUGAAAUCAGGCAUUUUUCUUGCAGUGAAAAUCAAAAUAUUGAGAAUAUAAGAAACCUCUACAGCCCAUUCUUCCCCCUGGAUAUUGUUCGAGAUUAUGUCAUGAUGGCACUUAAUGAAGCAGUAGAAGUCAAUCAAGUUCACAAUAGAGAUCCAAUUGGUGGCAGUAAUGAAAAUUUAUUUUUACCUUUAAUUAAACUAGUUGAUAGACUUCUUCUUGUUGGAAUGCUGAGGAAUGAAGAUAUUGAAAAGCUUCUGAUUAUGAUCAAUCCUGAAACCUGGGAUGCAACGUUUGAUAAAGAAGGCAAAGAUGAACACAGAAAAGGUUUGCUCCACAUGAAAAUGGCUGAAGGAGCUAAACUUCAAAUGUGUUAUCUUCUUCAUCAUCUUUGUGAUAUUCAACUUCGUCACAGAGUUGAAUCAAUCAUCUCCUUCAGCCACGACUUCGUGGGAGAGCUUCAAGCAGACCAACUUCGUCGUUAUAUCGACAUCAAACAAUCAGAUUUACCAUCUGCAGUAGCAGCCAAGAAAACACGAGAAUAUCGUUGUCCUCCUCGCGAGCAGAUGAAUGCUAUUUUAAGCUUUAAAAAUCUAGAAGAUGAUGAUCCUGAGAAUAUUCCUUGUGGAGAAGAAUUAAUUACCAAAAUGAAUGAGUUUCAUAAUGAGUUAAUGUCUUAUGUGUCACUUCAUGCGCUUCAAGAAGCCGCAGAUGCUGCCAAUGAACCAGUGGAAAUUGAAAAACCUGGUGCAAUUCGUAGAUUAUUUAAUUUCAUUAAUGCUGUGAAAGAAUUAGAAGAAGAACCUAAAACAGAACCAGAACCUGUCAAGAAAACACCUGAAGAAGUAUUCAGAAAAGUUCUAAUAUCAACAAUUGUCUCUUGGGCAGAGGAAACGCAAAUAGAAACACCUAAACUUGUGCGAGAAAUGUUCAGUCUCCUAGUACGUCAAUAUGACACGGUAGGGGAGUUAAUAAGAGCUUUAGAAAAAACUUAUGUAACAAAUAGCAAGACAAGAGACGAUGUUGCUGGAAUGUGGAUUGGAUUAAGUCAAAUUCGAGCUCUCCUUCCUGUCCAGAUGUCUCAAGAGGAAGAAGAAUUAGUUAGAGAAAGACUUUGGAAACUUGUUAAUAAUCACACGUUCUUCCAGCAUCCUGAUUUAAUCAGAGUUCUUAGGAUUCACGAGAAUGUCAUGGCGAUUAUGAUCAAUACCCUUGGUAGAAGAUCGCAAGCUCAAUCUGAUGCUCAAACUCAAGCACAAGCGGCUGAAGGAGGAGAGGUGCCAGCAAAAGAGAAAGACACGUCACAUGAAAUGGUUGUAGCUUGUUGUAGAUUUUUGUGUUACUUCUGUCGAACUUCAAGACAGAACCAGAAAGCAAUGUUCGAUCAUUUUGAUUUCUUACUAGAGAACAGUAAUAUUUUACUGUCAAGACCUUCUUUGAGAGGUUCUACACCUUUGGACGUUGCUUAUUCAUCAUUAAUGGAAAAUACAGAACUUGCUUUAGCAUUGAGGGAACAUUAUCUAGAAAAAAUAGCAGUUUAUCUUUCAAGGUGUGGAUUGCAAUCGAAUUCAGAACUUGUGGAAAAAGGAUAUCCAGAUCUUGGAUGGGAUCCAGUUGAAGGCGAGCGUUAUCUUGACUUUUUAAGAUUCUGCGUUUGGGUUAACGGUGAAAGUGUUGAAGAAAAUGCGAAUUUAGUAAUUAGAUUACUAAUUCGUCGCCCAGAGUGUUUGGGUCCAGCUCUCCGUGGUGAAGGAGAAGGUCUCUUACGAGCAAUUAUUGAUGCUAAUAAAAUGUCUGAACGUAUUGCGGAUCGUAGAAAGGUUCAUGAUGAAGUUGAGGGCAAUUCGGUCGCACAGUUCGAGCAUCCACUUCCUGAAUCUGAUGAUGAUGAAGAUUAUAUAGAUACUGGAGCAGCUAUUUUGAAUUUCUAUUGUACAUUAGUCGAUUUAUUGGGCCGUUGCGCACCUGACUCAUCUGUUAUUGAACAAGGUAAAAAUGAAUCCCUACGAGCAAGAGCUAUUUUAAGAUCACUUGUUCCUCUGGAUGAUCUCCAAGGUGUUCUGUCUUUACGAUUCACUCUACUGAAUCCGGCUGCUGGUCAAGAAAGACCUAAAAGUGAUACUCCUUCAGGUUUAAUACCUGGACACAAACAAAGCGUAGUUCUUUUCUUGGAGCGAGUAUAUGGAAUUGAGACAAAAGAAUUAUUCUUCAAAAUACUCGAAGAAGCUUUUCUUCCUGAUCUCCGAGCAGCAACAAUGCUUGAUAGGAAUGAUGGAUAUGAAUCAGACAUGGCCUUAGCAAUGAACCGAUAUAUUGGAAAUAGUAUUCUUCCUUUGUUGAUCAAACACUCCAAAUUUUAUAAUGAAGCUGAUAAUUAUGCGAGUCUUCUUGAUGCUACACUUCAUACAGUAUAUCGUCUCAGUAAAAAUAGAAUGUUAACCAAAGGACAACGUGAAGCAGUUUCUGAUUUUCUUGUCGCUCUAACUAGCCAAAUGCAGCCAAGUAUGCUGCUUAAACUCCUUCGCAAGCUUACAGUAGAUGUUUCUAAGCUGUCAGAAUACACAACUGUUGCUUUAAGACUGUUAACCCUGCAUUAUGACCGUUGUGCUAAAUAUUACGGUUCAACUGGAGGCCAAGGUACCUACGGAGCAUCGAGUGAUGAAGAAAAGCGCCUUACUAUGGUGUUAUUCAGUAACAUCUUCGAUUCCUUGUCAAAAAUGGAUUACGAUCCAGAGUUAUUCGGAAAAGCUUUACCAUGUCUUACUGCUAUCGGUUGUGCUCUCCCACCUGACUAUUCUUUAUCAAAGAAUUAUGAUGAUGAGUGGUACAGCAGUAAAUCCGCAUCUACUCAGUCUCCAGAUGGUCCUUAUAAUCCUCAACCUAUCAAUACAUCGAAUGUUGUGCUCAAUAAUGAUCUUAACCAAAUCGUUCAAAAGUUUUCUGAACAUUAUCAUGAUGCGUGGGCAAGUAGAAAACUUGAAAAUGGAUGGACUUUUGGAGAAUCAUGGUCUGAUGCUAAUAAAACUCAUCCAAGAUUGAAGCCUUACAGUGUCUUGAAUGACUAUGAAAAGGAACGUUACAAAGAACCUGUAAGAGAAAGUUUAAAAGCUUUAUUGGCGAUUGGAUGGAGUGUGGAGCAUGCUGAAGUAGAUAUGGCCUCAACAAAUCGUAGCUCAUUACGGAGAUCAUCUAAAAGUCAGACUGAUGCAGCGAAUCCGUUUAAUUAUAAUCCUCAUCCGGUUGACAUGACUAAUUUGACCCUUAGCAGAGAAAUGCAGAAUAUGGCUGAAAGAUUAGCUGACAAUGCUCAUGAUAUUUGGGCGAAGAAGAAAAAGGAAGAAUUAAUUACCACUGGAGGAGGAAUUCAUCCGCAACUAGUACCUUACGAUCUCCUGACUGAUAAAGAGAAGCGUAAGGAUCGAGAACGAUCUCAAGAAUUCUUGAAAUACCUUCAAUAUCAAGGCUACAAACUUCAUAAACCAAACCGUGGUGGAGCAGAGACUGAAGUCGGCGGAACUGGGGCAUCAGUAGAACUUCGAUUUGCAUACUCACUUUUGGAGAAAUUAAUCGCAUAUUUAGACAAAGCUACAAUUAACAUGAAACUUCUGAAACCUUCUGAUACAUUCAGUCGUCGUAAUUCUUUCAAAACGUCUACUCGCGACAUCAAGUUCUUCAGCAAAGUAGUUUUACCACUGAUGGAAAAAUAUUUCAGCACUCAUCGAAACUAUUUCAUCGCCGUAGCCACAGCAACAAACAAUGUUGGAGCAGCUUCAUUGAAAGAAAAAGAAAUGGUUGCUGCUUUAUUCUGUAAAUUAGCAAGUUUACUUCGAUCAAGACUUGCAGCUUUUGGUGCUGAUGUGAGAAUAACUGUUCGUUGUCUCCAAGUGUUAGUGAAAGGAAUCGAUGCCAAAUCUUUGGUGAAAAAUUGCCCGGAAUUUAUACGUACAUCUAUGUUGACAUUCUUCAACAAUACAGCAGAUGAUUUGGGACAUACUAUUUUAAACUUACAAGAAGGGAAAUAUAGCCAUCUACGAGGAACACAUUUGAAGACUUCGACAUCACUUUUCUACAUCAACAGUGUAGUUUUACCGACACUAACAGCUAUGUUCGAUCACUUAGCAGCUUGCGAGUAUGGCAGUGAUCUUUUACUUGAUGAAAUUCAAGUGGCGUCAUACAAAAUGCUAGCAUCUCUGUACACACUAGGAAUUGAUUCUACUCUAACUCACGAUCGCAAAUAUCUUAAAACUGAAAUAGAAAGAAAUAAACCGAACUUAGGUUCUUGCUUGGGUGCAUUUUCUAGUUGUUUUCCAGUAGCCUUUCUCGAGCCUCAUCUCAACAAACACAAUCAAUUUUCACUUUUGAACCGAAUUGCUGAUCAUUCCUUAGAAGCUCAAGAUAUAAUGACCAGAAUGGAAUCCAGUAUGCCAACAUUAGAAACAAUUUUAUCAGAAGUAGAUCAAUUUGUUGAGUCAGAUAAAACGUACAAUGAUGCACCUCAUGUUGUGGAUGUUAUAUUACCUCUAUUAUGUUCUUAUCUACCGUUUUGGUGGGCUCAAGGUCCCGAUAACGUCAAUCCCACUGAAGGAACUUAUGUUAGUAUGGUUACAAGUGAUCACAUGAAUCAAUUGCUGAAAAAUGUUUUAAAAUUAAUUAAGAAAAAUAUUGGAAAUGAAAAUGCACCUUGGAUGACACGAAUUGCUGCGUAUACUCAGCAAAUUAUUAUUAACUCAUCAGAGGAGCUCUUGAAAGAUCCAUUUUUGCCGCUUGCUGAAAGAGUAAGAAAGAGGACUGAUAAUAUGUUCCAUAAAGAAGAAUCGCUUCGAGGAUUCAUUAAAUCUUCGAGCGAUGAUACUUCACAAGUUGAAGCACAGAUACAAGAAGAUUGGCAAUUACUUGUACGGGACAUUUAUGCUUUCUACCCAUUGUUGAUUAAAUAUGUUGAUCUCCAGAGAAAUCACUGGCUGAGAAAUAAUAUACCAGAAGCAGAAGACUUGUAUAAUCAUGUUGCUGCGAUAUUUAACAUUUGGUCCAAGUCACAAUAUUUCCUCAAAGAAGAACAAAACUUUAUUUCUGCUAAUGAAAUUGAUAAUAUGGUGCUCAUCAUGCCUACAGCUAUUAGAAGAACAGCAACAGUUACUGAUGGUUCUGCUCCUAUUGGCGGUGGGAAAGUGAAAAAGAAAAAACAUCGUGACAAGAAACGAGAUAAGGACAAAGAAGUGCAAGCAUCACUCAUGGUAGCUUGUCUGAAACGUCUUCUUCCUGUUGGUCUAAACUUGUUUGCUGGUCGUGAACAAGAAUUAGUCCAGCAUUGUAAAGACCGUUUCUUAAAAAAAAUGACCGAGGCAGAUAUUGCAGAGUUUGCCAAGACACAGCUGACAUUACCAGAUAAAAUUGAUCCUGCUGAUGAAAUGUCAUGGCAACAUUAUUUAUAUUCCAAAUUGGGACAAAAGAAGGAUACAAUGGAACCGGUAAAGGCUCAACAGCUUGAUGAAGUUGUGACAAGAAUUACUGACAUGGCUAAAGUACUUUAUGGGCUACAUAUGAUUGAUCAUCCUCAGCAGCAAAGCAAGAGUAGUUACAGAUCUGUGGUCUCAAUUCAACGGAAACGAGCAGUUAUAGCUUGUUUCCGUCAAACUUCCUUACAUUCCUUACCCAGACAUCGAGCAAUAAACAUUUUUGCCAGAACAUAUUAUGAAUUAUGGCUUCAAGAUGAAAAUGUUGGACAAGAAGUGAUGAUUGAAGACCUUACGCAAUCAUUUGAGGAUGCAGAAUUGAAGAAAAUGGAUAUAACACAAGAAGAAGGUAAACCGGAUCCUUUAACCCAAUUAGUAACAACAUUCUGCCGCGGAGCCAUGACAGAACGUUCAGGAGCACUUCAAGAAGAUCCAUUAUACAUGAGCUAUGCUGAAAUUAUUUCGAAAUCCUGUGGAGAAGAAGAAGAAGAAGGUGAAGAUGAAGAAGGCGGAGGCGGUGAAGAAGAGAGUGGUGCAUCGAUUCAUGAACAAGAAAUGGAAAAGCAGAAGCUAUUAUUUCAUCAAGCUCGUCUAGCAAAUCGUGGAGUAGCUGAGAUGGUAUUACUACAUAUUUCUGCCUGCAAAGGAGUACCAAGUGAAAUGGUGAUGAAAACACUACAACUUGGAAUUUCAAUUCUCCGUGGAGGAAAUAUUGAAAUUCAACGAGGAAUGUUAAAUCAUCUUAAAGAGAAGAAAGAUGUUGGAUUUUUUACAUCAAUUGCAGGAUUAAUGAACUCUUGUAGUGUUUUGGAUCUUGAUGCAUUUGAAAGAAAUACAAAAGCUGAGGGACUUGGGGUCGGAUCUGAAGGUGCUGCUGGUGAAAAAAAUAUGCAUGAUGCUGAGUUUACCUGUGCGUUAUUCAGAUUUAUUCAAUUGACUUGUGAGGGUCACAAUCUAGAUUGGCAGAAUUAUUUAAGAACCCAAGCGGGAAAUACAACAACGGUGAACGUGGUAAUUUGUACGGUAGAUUACCUACUAAGACUUCAAGAAUCGAUUAUGGAUUUCUAUUGGCAUUACUCAAGUAAAGAACUAAUUGAUCCAGCUGGAAAAGCUAAUUUUUUUAAAGCUAUUGGAGUAGCUAGUCAGGUUUUUAAUACCUUGACUGAAGUUAUUCAAGGUCCAUGUGCUCAGAAUCAACAAGCACUAGCGCACUCACGUUUAUGGGAUGCCGUUGGUGGUUUUCUCUUCCUUUUUUCUCACAUGCAGGAUAAGCUGUCCAAACACUCAAGUCAAGUGGACUUAUUAAAAGAAUUGUUGAAUUUACAGAAAGAUAUGAUUACUAUGAUGCUCUCCAUGCUUGAAGGAAAUGUUGUGAAUGGUACAAUUGGAAAACAGAUGGUAGAUACUUUGGUCGAGUCUGCAAGUAAUGUUGAAUUAAUUCUUAAGUACUUCGACAUGUUCUUGAAGCUUAAAGAUCUCGUAUCUUCUGCGAGCUUCCUUGAAGUUGACCUUAAUAACGAUGGUUGGGUAUAUCCCAAAGACUUUAAGGAAAAAAUGGAGCAGCAAAAAAGUUACACCUCAGAGGAAAUUGAAUUUUUACUGGCAUGCUGUGAAACCAAUCACGAUGGAAAAAUAAACUACAUCGCUUUUAUGGACCGAUUCCAUGAGCCAGCUAAAGAAAUUGGUUUUAAUUUAGCAGUUUUAUUGACAAACUUAUCUGAGCACAUGCCAAAUGAACCGCGACUUGCAAGAUUUUUGGAGACGGCUGGUUCUGUUCUUAAUUACUUUGAACCGUUCCUUGGUAGGAUAGAAAUCUUGGGUGGAAAUAGGAAGAUUGAACGUGUGUACUUUGAAAUUAAAGAAUCAAAUAUUGAACAGUGGGAGAAGCCACAGAUUAAAGAGUCCAAGAGAUCUUACUUUUACAGUACGGUAGUUGAAGCUGGAGACAAAGAGAAGCUAGAGACUUUUAUUAAUUUCUGUGAAGAUGCUAUUUUUGAGAUGCAACAUGCAAGUGCAUUGAUGGCCGUUGAAGAAAGCGGAGGAAUGGGCAAGGCUCGAGAGUCUUCUUAUACUUAUUUGGGAGAAGAUGAUGAAGAAAGGAAAGAUCCAAUAAGAAGAGGAAUUCAAGCAUUUAAAGAUGGAAUUUACUUCUUCUUUUCAAUGUUUUCGCCAACAAAUAUCAAAAACAAAAUUGUUGAAAUGCAGCAAAUGUCAAUUCCUGAAUUAUUUAUUGGCUUUUUCAAAAUGUUAUUUUACGCAUUUUAUUAUUCCGGGUUUGGAGUUGGAAUUGUUAUUAAUUACUUCCUCAAACUUUUACUAACUUUAAUGAGAGGUCCACAUGUAGAAGAACCUGUUGUUGAAGUGAAGGAAGAGGAAGAAAAACAUUCAAGACACUUACCUGCAUUGCCAGCAACUCCUGAUGAAUCUAAUUUACAAGUUCAAGCAUUUGGAAUGGAUAUAACAAAAGAAGAGGGAGGACAAAUAAAAAUUGCAGCUCAUGAAUCGAAUGCAUCAACUCCGCAAUCUAGUAUAGAAGAGGCAGGAGAAAGUACUCCUGAAGAAGGCACUUUCGAAGAUGGAGCUCGAGCAGAGUCCGGUGAAGCAGAAGCACCGGUAUCUUUAGCAGAUCUUCUUGGAGGAGAACAGGCAAGAGCUCAAGCGGCAGCAGCUGCCGAAGCAGCAGCAGCUCAACAAGCUGCUAUGGCUGCAGUAGAAGCUGAAGCAAAACAAGAAACCACUGCUGAAACAUCAACAGGAUCAAGUAUUGACUUUUCUGAGUACACUCACAGAAUUGUUUCUUUUCUGGCUAGAAAUUUCUACAAUCUCAAAUAUGUUGCAUUGGUUCUUGCCUUUUUCAUCAACUUUAUGUUGUUAUUUUAUCGGGUAACGUCUAUAGUUGAUAUUUCGAAGGAAGGUAGUGGUGAUGCAUUGGCCGAUUUGAUGGUAGACAUGUCUGGUGAAAGUGGCUCUGGAUCGGGUGGAGGUAGCGGUGGUAUAAUGGGAAGUGGAGCUGAAGGUGAAGGUUCUGAAGAGGACGAAGAAGAAUUACCAGAAUAUGUUGCAGUACCUGAAGACUAUUAUUAUAUGGCUCAUGCAAUGCGAUUAAUGGCUGCACUUCAUUCUAUCGUUUCACUUGCAAUGCUUGUUGCUUACUAUCAUCUUAAAGUUCCUUUAGCUAUCUUUAAACGCGAAAAAGAAAUAGCUCGUAGAGUGGAGUUUGAUGGAUUAUAUAUAGCGGAAACUCCUUCUGAAGAUGACAUCAAAGCCCAUUGGGAUAAAAUGGUUAUAUCUGCAAAAACUUUUCCGGUUAAUUAUUGGGAUAAGUUUGUAAAGAAAAAAGUAAGACAAAAGUACAGUGAAACCUAUGACUUUGAUUACAUUAGUAAUCUCUUGGGAAUGGAAAAGACAUCAUUUAGUCAGCAAGAAGAAGAAGGGUCAGGACUUAUUCACUUGAACUUAUUAAUUUUUAGCAUCAUGAACAUUGAUUGGAGGUAUAAUAUUUGGAAGGCUGGCGUUACUAUCACAGAUAAGGCUUUCUUAUACAGCUUAUGGUAUUUUACCUUCUCUAUCCUCGGAAAUUACAACAAUUUCUUCUUCGCUGCUCAUCUCCUUGAUGUAGCUGUUGGAUUCAAAACUUUGAAAACCAUCUUGGAAUCAGUAACGCACAAUGGCAAACAGUUGGUUUUAACUGUAAUGCUUCUUACUAUUAUUGUAUAUAUCUAUACUGUCGUAGCUUUCAAUUUCUUCCGGAAGUUUUAUAUUCAAGAAGAAGAUGAUGAAGUCGAUAAAAAAUGUCACGACAUGAUGACGUGUUUCGUUUUCCAUCUAUACAAAGGAGUGAGAGCAGGAGGUGGUAUUGGAGAUGAGAUCGGAGAGCCUGAUGGAGAUGAGUACGAAUUUUGGCGAAUCCUAUUCGAUAUUACAUUUUUCUUCUUCGUCAUUGUCAUUCUUCUCGCCAUUAUUCAAGGUUUGAUCAUUGAUGCUUUUGGAGAGCUUCGUGAUCAACUGGAGAACGUAAAAACAAAUAUGGAGAGUAAUUGCUUCAUUUGUGGUCUUGGGAAAGAAUACUUCGAUACUGUGCCUCACGGAUUUGAUACACACGUUCAACAAGAACACAACUUAGCAAAUUACAUGUUUUUCCUCAUGCAUCUUAUCAACAAACCCGAUACUGAAUACACAGGUCAAGAAACUUACGUUUGGAACAUGUACCAGCAGAGAAUGUGGGACUUCUUCCCUGUAGGAGACUGUUUCAGGAAGCAGAAUGAAGCAGCAGUUGAGGAAGACGUCAAAAAGAAAUAAUGAUAAGUUUUUUUUAUUGAAUAUUAUAUUAAUGAUAAAUAUAUAUAUACUUGAUGGUUUGGAUGGGAAGACUUGAUGUUUUUCAUCAAUAAAAGAAACAUUUUAAUGGAGACAAUUCUUUAAAUGACAAUCUCAUGUCGUAGCGAGCUUCGAGCCAAUAAAAGCUCGUCUGUCGCACUGGAAUCGAAAUUUUCUUACUAUUUUUUAUUAUUGCACAGUAAUUAAUUAAUUAAUGCGGACUAGAUUAAAGAUUAUAUUAAGUAAGAAAUUAAAAUGCUUACUUAGUAAAGCUUUUUGAAUUAUAAUUAAUCAAAAUGACCUCUAGAACAAAUUAAAUAAUCAAAAAAAAUUUUAAAUUAUUCAUAAUGAUUAUAUAAAAAAAUUAAUAAAAUUAUAAAAAAAAUUUAUGAAUUUUAUCGCUAGUGGAACAAUUAUUGUUCUUAAUUACUGCAAUUAAAUUCACCUAUUUUUUCAACUUUGUAAUAGUAUUCAUAAUACAAUGGUCGAUUAAAUAUUUUAAAUAAUACAAAUAUUGUAUGGUAAAUUAGUCUUGAAUUACUAUUGAGUACAAGAAAGAUAGUUAUAUUGAAUGCACAAAUUCAUAGAAAGUUCAUUGAUCAGGUAGUUCAUGUUUAGAUCAUUUUAAUGUUUUUUUUUCAUAUCGUAAGUGCGGCAUGAUACAUAGUGUCUUUCUAAGAGAAGAAUAUCGAAGUAUAUUAAAUUUGUUAUGUAUUUAAAUAAGUUAUUGUAUAUCUACAUCAAAGAUUUAUACAAAUGUGAGUGUGAUUGAAGAUUAUUCUUAUUGGGAAGACAGUUAUUUUUGAAAGAUUGGAAAAAAGUACUAUGAAAUAAUUUUAUUAUUAAAAAAUUUUAAUAAAAUAUUCUCUUUAACGAUUUUAAUGACGACCUUAAUAGAAAUGAUAAAAAUAAAUUUUAAAAAGACAUUAUAGCUAAAGUAAUGAUUGAUUUUGGAUCCAUUUUCACGAUUGAAUAAUUUCAAGUUAAAUUAUUCAUGAUUUAAAAUACUUUGUUGUACAAUUGUAAAUUAUCUUAGUAAAGUAAUAUUGUUGUAAUUAUACAUGAAUCAUUAUUCGAAAAUUAGUUAUUU